CGCAUUGCAUCAUGAAUCUUACAAAUCUUGGGGUAUUUAUAUUCUGAAGAACGCCCCGAAUCACCGUUCAUUGGAACAUCCAUCACAUCAUGCUGUUUUCAUCGCUCGCUCUUCUCACUUUUCUCCCUGCUGUUUUCGGGCAGUCAUGGCAGCAAUAUCUGGAUGGCCUUGUCCAAGCCUUGAACGCUUCCAACCUCACAUCGCUGGCUUCUGCGAGCGCCGCAUUAAAUAGUUCGUCUGAGGGGCAACUAGUUGCGGAGUCACUUUCUACAGGUAACUGGACAGUAUUUGCACCGAACAAUCAGGCAUUUAGUUCUACUCCUGUCAAUCUCACAAGUGAUGCAAGUUCUGUUGGGGAUCUCCUUUCAUAUCACGUCGUACACGGCAAUUUCACCGAUCAAACCUCCCCAUAUCCCACAAUCACCCUUGGGAGAACACUCCUCAAUAAUUCUUCGCUCGUCCAGCUGGAGGGCAAUGAUUCGCAGGUUUUAGCGUGGUCGAAGGGAACUACAGGCAUAUUCGUGCUCAAUAAUGGUACAAUUGUUUCGGUUGUGAACACGACGGCCUAUCAAAACCUCCAAAUCCUUGUCAUAGACUCCGUCCUUAAGCUUCCUCAAACCUUGUCCAACACUCUGGUAAACAGUACUUACGAGCUCACCGACCUUGCUGGUGCGCUUUUGUCUAUCAAGGGUCCUGCCGACAAUUCGACUACAUUGCUCGAUGUGCUCGAUAAUGCUCACGGCAUUACACUUUUUGCGCCAAAUAACUCUGCUAUUGCGACAGCGAACUCUAGCGGCGGUUUGCCGUCAAAUGCUACAACACUUAUUUCGCUUUUUGGAAACCAUGUUAUCGACGGCACGACUGUUUACUCGUCAGAAUUUUCGAACAGAAAGAAUUACACUUCGGCCUCUGGGGAACCGUUCGUCUUCAAGACAAAUUCCUCUGGAACGUAUGUAUCCAGUGCCGGCUCUAAUUGGGCGCGCAUCAUGCGCUCAGACGUUUUGACGUCCAAUGGAGUCGUACAUGUUCUUAACAGCGUUCUUCUGGACACGAAAAUUGACCUUGUCGCUGCGAGCUCUGCCUACCAAUCAGCCACCUCAGUUGCCGCGUCACUGACGACCGAGACCGGCCCUGUGGGCGUUGCGCCUACUACUACUACUACUUCUACUACUACUUAAGUUGCGUCAUGGACUGGCGUGGCCAUCCGUUCGUGGUACAACUGCUAUGUUGGGCGCGGUUUUUGAGCUGAAGUUGUCGAGGCUAUACGUAUUUCCAGUGGCAUUACACGCUACUUUUUUCGUUUAUUUACUCGGUUUUCUACGUCGCACGAUAUUCUUAUCUAAUCUAAUCAUUUCUGAC